AUGUCGCGCGAUUCCACGACGGGCGCAAAUGCCGACCCGCAGGCCGGAUCGCAAGCUCAAGCUCAGCAAGCUCAACGAGCGCAGUCGUCGCAUUCACGAGCGCAAUCCCGCAUCCUGUCCGUCACGACUUCCGUCCCCAGGCAGCUUGCCCUGCUCCCCGAUGAGUUGCUCCUUCACAUCUUCGAGGCCGUCGGCCGCACCUCGCGCAGCGACCUUUGCGCCGUGAGCCGUGUCAAUAGGGCCUGGCACGAGCUCGCCGACGCCAUCCUCUAUCGCCAAGUGCGCUUCGACGACCCAGAGCAGCACCUCGUCUUCUCAGAAUCCCUCAGCCGUCGCAUGCGUCGCGGUUCUGCCAUCCAGGACGUCAGCCUCGAGUAUCCCGCCCACGAACUCUCGCACCUGAGACUCGAUGGGCCGAUUCAUGGCUCACACCACCCGCCGACCCGCUUUGAGGCCCUCAGUCGAACCAUCAGCACCAUGAGCAACCUCGCGACCCUCGAGGUGUCCGUCCCCGUCACUCUACUUCACGGAAUCGGUGCUCUCUUCAAUGGCCCCUUCGACCUGGCAUGCUUAAAGCACUGCACGCUAUUUUACCAGUGUCCCGACGAUGCGUACUGGGAUCUCCGCGAGAAUGUCCACAUCUUUGCGCACCCAACACUGGAGACGCUAGUCAUCAGGCGAGCGAAGCUGGAUUACCGCGGCUUCGACCUGAUUGAGCGACCCCACGAAACAGCGCUGCACAAGCUGCAUCUCAUCGAGUGCGACAUCAACGAUGAUGCGUUGUCGGAUAUUCUCGAAUUUCCCGAGGGUUUGAAGGAGUUCGUCAUGACGCAGUUGGAGCAGCCAAGCCCGGAAUUGGAAGAGAGUUCAGACAAUUUUAGCGACUACAUCCUAGCACUCAACUCCCAGGGUCACUCACUCGAGACAAUCACCAUCGACCACCCAACGCUCGGUGGCAGGAAACCCGUUAGGAUGAGAGACUUCGAGAAAGUCAAGUCGUUGAGGCUGAACUGGGAUUAUCAGCUUUUUGGCAAGUCUUCAAAGAAACCACGCAUGCACUCCGUUGGUCUCCCGCCGAAUCUGGAAGUCUUGGAAUUUUUCAACGAGCUUGGAACGGACAAGGAAGUCACUGAAUUGCUCGAAUACACGUUGCAGGUCGCGAGUGUCACUCACAGCAUGCUCAAGACUGUUGUUGCCGUUCAGGGUGAUAAUGGCAGUGUGCCAAAGGAGAUUGUUGCCGCGUGCAAAACCGGAGGCGUAAAGUUGGAUAUAAUAGGUGCUUUUGAUAUAGACGAAGACGACUAG